GUAGUACUCCCUUGGUACUGCCUUUCAUUUUCAUUUCCAUUUCAUUAUAAUAAAAUUAAAAAAAAUAAUUGUAAAACAGCAUCUUUUUUUUUAUCAAUGUAUAAACUGUAAAAUAAUACAGUAUAUAAACUGUAAAAAAUAUAUCUGUUUUGUGAUAAUGAGAAUCAUCAACACUUAAGUGCCCUGAAAAUGAUGUCACAAUGCAAAAAAAAUCUAGGCUUAAUUUUCUUUAUGCAAAAAAUAUAUAUUAUUGAUUUGGGGUUAAAUAUGACCUGGACAUUUUCUUGAUAGGUUUCAAGAGAAUUAGCCAUUCGUAUGUAUUAUAAUUUAUAUAUAUAUAUAUAUAUAUAAAAUAUUCAUUACAGUGAACCAGUCAAGCUAGCUUCAUAGGUAUCACAAAAAAAAAAAAAAAACAUUUAAUACUUAAGUUGCUACUAAAAACCCAUUUUGAGUUAUGUGAAAAUGCAGUUAAAGGAAUUUUCCAGGAUAAUUACAAUAAAAGAUCUAGGCUGCCUCUGUGGCACAUUUUCGAUUACCAGAGAAAAUAAUUUUCAAUUCGGGGUGGGCCUCGGUCUAAUUUACCCCUUCACUCUGUUUGACAAGACUGCUGUUUCACAAGACUACCCUUGUGUGUAAAUGUCAACAUGUCAUUAGGGGUCAAACCCUGAAAGGGCGAAGACCCCUAUUGUGAUUGUUAGUGUUCUUAUUAUUGUUCUUCUGCCAUGGGAGUCUAUGGCCGCCCAUAGAACCGUUCGCAGGAAAGUUUUUUUUUGCACACAGCUAGAGGACAGUCUGAACUGAUACCACAGUAAAUUUGGAGUCUGUAACUCAGACCCUUUAGCGCCACCAACAGGUCAGAUUUUCACUUAUGUUUACGCUAAUAACUUUUGAACUGUAAGUCCUAGAGACAAAAUUCGAAUGUAUACCUUCGUUUCGAUUUCCACCAGAAAUCUUAAGGAAACACAUUUGUUUCGCUACUUCUACAGUUUUUGUCCGAUUUCCACCAAAAUUGUUUUAAAGCAAUCGUGAGAUAGAGCUACACAAAAGUUAUCUUUUUUUUUCGAUGUUUGAAAUCGUUCCUGAGAAAUGGCUUCACGAAGUUGACGGCGAAAAUGGACUUCAUGCUAUAUCUCCGCAACACUGUGAUGGAUUGUGACAAAACUUGAUAUGUGUCAUCACCAUCAUGCCUUUAGAUUACCUGCAGCGUUUCGCCACACUGCCCCCUACUGGUCAGGAGAUAGCAAAAAUGGCUAUUUUGGCUUAUAACUCUUGAAACGCUUUGGCCAAAAAUUAUAAAACUGGUCUCUUUAGAUUCAGUGAAACAUUCCGAGUCAAACGAUACCCAAUUUUCCCAUUUCAGCCAUCUUGAACAACUAGUGGUGGAAAAAGGAUUUUUUUUUAAAAUGUGUGAGCUUAUAACUUUUAGUGGCAUUGGUCUAUUUUCACAGGACUGGUCUCGUUAUGUUCGGGAGGACUUGCCGAGCGCAACGAUACCAUAUUUGCUAUGGUUUGCUUUAUUGCCUGUUGCCACUUCGAAAAUAGUUCUGAAACUACUUUAGCGAAUUCAAAGCCGUUCAUCCAAUCGGAACGAAACCAUCAAAAUAAGAAUUGUAGUUAGUAAAUUUCCUUAGCUGUAAGAGAACGGCACAAUUUUGCUCGUAAAUGCCGAAAACAUGACGAUGAAUUUUAAAAGUGGUCUCUGCUUUUACGUAAAUUGAUAUAAUUCUUAAGUGAAAUGACAUAUUUUCACCGAACUUGACACACUUAUAUAAGGGCUCAACCUGAGAACACACAGAAAAAGUUGCGGGGUUUGGCCAUUUGGUGGCGCUAUAACAGGGAACAAUAUGAAAGUGGCUCUGAAUAUAGAAACAUUGGUCUGAUUAAUUUCAAAAUUUGCAUGCAUUGUCUUUGCAUUCAUUGUCUUUGUGGGAGUUGCCAUCACUGAUCAUGAGGACAGUUGCAUAUAUUGAGAAACAUGGCAGCCAUUGGCCAAUCAUCAACAAAUUUGACAUUGAGCACACCAAAAUGGACUUGAGGCUGUAUGUUUGCAUUUUUGUGGGACUGGUAUUGUUAGAUUGUGUGGGUCAUGCAGAGAACAACCCACCUGAAAGUAAUUUCCUGGCUACGCCCUUGGGGGCAACGUAUAAGGGGUGCGUUGCCCCAUAGACUUUCAUUAUAAAUGGAUUUCUGUCAUUGCAUUUUUUCUUUUGCUUUUACAAACCAAUCGACAGUUUAACAUGAGUUUAACCAACAACAUUCCCUUUAAAUGUAAAACAAACACCAAAGCGCAGCUGCUAGCGUCCUGCAGGUUAACUUGUCUUCUGAUUGGUCAAUUACACGAUCAUUUGAAAUGUAAUUACUUUUGCAAUGACAGCAUUAAGCAAAGCUUGCGCUAAAACGCUAGUAAAAAAUAGGCCUGUACUCCGAAUUCUGAUUAUUUUAAACUGAAUGUGCAUGAAAUGUAACCAUCUAUCCUCAAAAUAAUACAGCCUUAGCAAAACAUGACCUUAAAACCUGCACUCAAAAAAAGACAUUUUAGCCUAUUUUUAAGAUUUACAUUUUCAAUUUCAUAACAUCAUUCCAUCAAAAUAAAUUGUGUAACUUUUAACAAAAUUAAACGAAUAAAACGUAUAAUAUUUAGGUUUUUUUUAUUUUAUUUUGUUAAAUAUUACACGAUUCAAUUUGAUGGAAUUUUGUUAUGAAAUGCGUAUAUCUUAAAAAAAAAAAUGUUUAAUGGGUGUGACAAUGUUACUUAAUAUUAUUCAGGAGGAAUUUGAGAAAUUAGGAAUUAGAAUAGUUAGUGUUUUUUCCUCCCAAUAUUGUCCAUUUGAUAUCUUGAAGAUGUCACUGGGUGGCCCUGUCUGUGUUGGCUGUCUUGCACUUUAUUUGCAACAAUAAAAAAGAAGAAAUACACAUGUUAAUUUUCUCUAUUUUUAAUUAAAUUAAAUACUUUCUUGUAUCUAGUGCAUUUGUACAUUUCUUUAUUUUUUUGGUUACUACAUUUAAUUUCAUAUGUGUUUAAUGGACUGAUGUAUAAUUUGUAUGUACACAGUGAAAAAGUAUUUAAAAUGUCCUAGUGCAAAUGUGAAUGGUUAGGUUUUACGAGUUUAAAGGGGGGGAAAUUAUGACCUUUUUUGAAAUAUAAUGUACAGAAUUAUAUAAAAUAAAUUUAAACUUUGAAUGCAAUUGGACAAAGUGAAAAGCAGGGUGAUGAAUAAGUGACUGAGAGUUGUCUUGUGCCUCCGCUAUUAUUGAUGUAUUAUAUUUCUUUAAUUGAGUUACACACAAGCACACACACUAGAUAUCUGCCCUCCUUAAAUUUAAAUGCAUUUAUGCAACCUAAAUGUAUUCAAAAGAAAUUUUAAGCAAAGACAUAAUUUCAUGAUUAACUUGGCAAACACAUCCUUAUUCCAAUGAUUGUCAUCAGUUAUUAAUAAUUGUAUAAUUUUAGAAGCACAAUCUUGGUUAUUCAAUCAUAAUGUGUUUUUGUUUUGUUUUUCUACAAAAACUGAUGAUAACUUUAUUUUCAGUGUUCUAAUGUGAAAUGAAGUAAUAUCUGAUAUGCAUAUGUGUGCCUGCUUAGCUAAAAUUAAUAUAUACAUGACAUCUUGUACCUACUAAAUAGUGCAGCAAGACUGUAUUUUGCUGAUUCAUUACUGGUAACAAAUGUACAUGUCAAAGCCUGCUUUUGUUAUUAUACAGCUGAGACAUUAUAAUGUUUUAGCUAGAAUCGGGUGUCUAACGAUGGCCAAAGUGGAUGAACCAGGAAAGGUGGAAAAGCAAGACUUUCUUUCUUUUAAAUCAUCUCUCAGUGUGUAUAUUUGUGUUGUUUAAAUGCAUUUGGUGUGCAUGUUUUUGUUUUUCUCUAAUGUUCCUAAAAAUGACACGUUUCAAUCAUUGCACUGCUUUGUUUUCUUAUUGAAAACUGUAUCGUCACUUUGCCUUCCCUAGCCAACAUAAAUUGACGUUCUUUUUAUCUGACUGUUUUAAAAUGUGUCAUUCAUAUUCAUGUGUUAUUUGUGUCUGAACCCCCUUAAACCAACUCAAAAUGACCUUUGACCCCAAGCUGAAGUAAUUCCAAUAUCAAUUUUUAUUUUAACCAUCUAGCAAAGCUGCAGUAUUUUGAGAAACGUUUUAAUUGCAAGUGUAGUAUUUAACUGUAAUAGAUUAGUAUUAUUCUUGCAAUAUAAUCUAUAAUUUGAUAUAUGAUUAGGCAGAAUAAAAUAAUGUUUACACAUUAUACAACUUUGUUUAUUUUCAUUUUAAAUGAAAAAAAAUCCAAGAUUUUCAAUGUGCUCUCAGACUUUGGAACCCACUGUUUUUGUUUAUAUGUCUUUAAUUUCUGUAGUUUAUUUUAUUUAAUACAUUAUAUAUUAUUCGUACAGUGUACAUGAUUAAUGUUCUAUUUGUUAUUUUUUUAUCUAUUUAUUUUUUUCAUCAUGUUUUUAAUUUUAAUCAUAUAUAAAUCAUAUUUAGUUUAUGUCAAGGGCGUAGAAGAUGUGGGAGACGUGUCCCCCUCACUUUCGAUAAAACCAACGUUCGUCCCCCUUUCAUACAGCAAAUGUCUAAAUGUGUAAAUGCAAAAGUUAAAAUUCACUGUUCAUUCAUUUAAUUAAUUCAAUUAAACAUUUUAAUCGAUUGAGGGCCCUAAAAAUACAUAUCUUAUAUAUUUACGUUCGUCUUGCGCUAAUCAUUCUGUCCCCCCCACUUUUGAAGUGAUUGCUACGCCCCUGGUUCAUGUCCUUUGUUUUGAUAUUGUCUGAAUGGAGUACAUUUGCAAACAUAUACAAUGUCUACUGAUUUUACCAUUCUUAGACGUGAAAUUUGGCUUUUUAAAUGCGUUUAAACCAGUAUGUGAUGAACCAGAGUAAGUGCGGGCCGCUGGUUGCCUUGACACAGUAAGCAAUAGAAACUGAUAUCAGUUGAAGAGAAUCUGUCCAUUCACUUAAUUUUUCUUCUUUCAUUUGAAUAAAUCUAAUUUUCUAAUGUCCAGCCAAACGUCCUCUGAUUGGUCAAAUCCUCUCAACCACACGCCUCUGAUUGGUCCGUUGUUCCCGUGCAGAUUUUUUUUUCCUGUGAGAAUGCGUUUGGUGAAUGGCCGCUCGUGCUAAUAGCGUCCGGUGAAUCCGAUUGGUCUGACGCGUCGGGGUGUCUCAUUCUGAUUGGUCGACGCCGGAUGCCCGGUGUCCGGGUAAGAUGGCGUCGGAAGAGCAGUGCUCGGCACCACCUCGAUGGCGGUCGAUAUCCCUAACCCACGUAGAGUAUCCGGCUGGUGAUGUGACGGGACAGGUGCUGGCCUACAUGAGUUUGUUGCCCAUAGCGAUCCUCGUUGGCUUUGUCACUCUGAUUAUCUUCAAGAGAGAACUGCACACGAUCUCUUUUUUUGGGGGGUUGGUAAUGAAUGAGGGGCUAAACUGGCUGCUGAAACACAUUCUACAGGAGCCGCGGCCAUGCGGGGGAAGUCGCAGUUCACUCACGACAGAGUACGGGAUGCCCUCCAGUCACUCUCAGUUCAUCUGGUUUUUUGUUGUAUACUUUUUUCUUUUUCUUUAUUUAAGAAUGCAUCAGACCAACAAUGCCAGGUGUGUUGAAUUGUUAUGGCGGCAUAUACUGUCCAUCAUUCUACUGGGUGCAGCUCUCUCCGUUUCAUACAGCAGAGUCUACCUCCUGUACCACACCUGGAGUCAGGUGAUUUAUGGGGGUGUUGCCGGUAUGGUGAUGGGCGUGGUGUGGUUUUUAAUCACCCAGGAAGUGCUUACGCCACUCUUUCCCAAGAUAGCAGCCUGGCAUAUCUCAGAGUUUUUCCUGGUGAGAGAUACAAGUCUCAUUCCAAACAUUCUGUGGUUUGAAUACACAGUAACGAGAUCAGAGGCCAGAAACAGACAACGAAAGCUGGGAACAAAGCUUCAGUGAUAUGCUGCGAAACCCCAGUGAAAACUGACGGAAAGGACCACAUACAUACACACUCACACACAGACACACACUGUACAUACUCUCAAACACACUGGAGUUUCAUUGUCUGGACUGUUCUGGUUCAUUCGAAAGUGCAAAAUGGUGUACUUAUGGACCAAAGGUGCGAGUUUGCAUCCCAGGUUAUCAUACGACCCAACUGUUUGUUCGCACGACAACAUGGCAUUCUCAUCCCCCAUCCUUAGACUGCUCCUGUGAUCCUAAUGCAUGCGGACUGUGCUAGACACAAAAACGAUUUAAUGAGAAAUUUAAUAUAUAUUUGAUUCAUUAACGAUCACUGGGAAAAUCUUAAUAGUUUGAAUCUGAUGUGAACGGGGUAAAAGGUGGAAAGAAAGGUAUGAAAGAAAGUUUUACAAUGUGACAAAUCUAUCAGCUUGACAUGACUUUUAUUUAGAUGACACUUUAAAGGACCAGGGACAGGAUACUUAAGGCUGGGAGGUAAUAAACAGGAGAUAAGUGGGGAUUGGGAAUGCAGAAACAUUGAUAGCGGACAACGGGUGGGUUUAAGAAAAUAGCUUUUGCUCAUUUGUAUAUUUUGAAAGAAGAUAAAUAUUAAUUAUUGGGUGAAUCUCACGAAAACAUGUCCAGGGCACAUUUCACCCCAAAAAUCGAGAAAAAAAAAAGAUACAAAUGUAUAUUUACUUUGCAUAAAAAAUUACUCAUCCAUUAUGAUUUUUUUUGUGACGUGUAUUGUAAUUAAUAAAAUAAUAUAUAUAUUUUUUUGUAAUUCCCAUUAUUCUCAAUGGUGAUUCUCAUGACUGUAAUAUAGUCUCUCUUUUUUUUUUUUUACUGUUAGAAACUGUAUUUUUUCUGCUGUAUUAUAAACAUUUUUAUUUAAAGGCAGUUGAUGUACCAUGAUGUAUAAAUGCUUUACAAUUGAAAUAUUUUUCUUUUCUUCACAUAACGGAAAUGAGAAUUGAGGAAAUUUGCAGUUGGCAUAAGUUUAAUGUGUCAAUGCAAAAACUCUUAAUGAUCGUCUAAACAGCCUUCACUUUUAUAAGCUAAAUUUGUUUUUUAAUUUUGGGGGUGAAAUUUGACCUUAAUUCAUGUGAGAUUCUCCCUAUACUAUUGUUUAAAAGUGUAAUGUAAACUAAAACAAUUUGCACUAUGUGAAUUCUUUUUAUUAUUAUUAUAUUAACACUAGUUAUUUCAUUGAGGCAAGUGUUCUUUUUUUGUUUUAGAGUUUGUCCAUUGACAGACGUGUCCCUCAAGCAGAUGUUUUGCUUUUGCUUUUGGACACGGAUUGGUAAAUGUCUUGAGCAUAGCGCCAUUGCAAAAUAUGUUGAUGUUACAGAUAGUACCAGGUUCAUCUGUCUCAAGUGGUGUUGGAACAAAAUGAGUGCCUGCUUUUUGUAAGAAUGAUGUAGUACUUUUGUUUAUGUGUUGUAGUUACAAAAUCUGUUUUGUACUGCACAAAAAGACGGCUCUUCCAUAAUGUGUGUUCAGUGUGUUCUGAAAGAUAUGCAGCAUAUUUUUGAUCGACAUUCCUUGUUUAUUAGUACCAAUCCAGGUCUCGGAGGAUGCAGUUCUGACAGAGGGCAGGAAAAAUAAUGCUCUGCUUUUAUAUUUAAUGUUUAUUGUCAUUCCGUUUAUGACUGACUUUGCUUUCAUUGGUGCAGACACAAAGACAUUUUUUCUCCAAUCUGUCCCAUAUGACAAUCCACAAUAUCACUGUUGAGUAUUUAAGGACAGUGCGACUGCUACAUCUGAACGAGAGUAGAUUACAAAUGGAAAUAAGAAAAGGACAAAAUAACAGAGCCCUAACCUCAGGUGAACUUUAGCAUGGGCCGAGGCCUCUGUUCUCUUAGAAUGAUGUAAAAAUUGUCCGUGAUGGGGUGUUUAUAUAAAGGGAAGGGAGGUUAUUGCAUUAAGAUAAUCCUCUCUUUUAUUCAUGUGUAAUUCAUAUCAGGCUGAAUAAAAAAACGAAAUGUUCAUGUAUGAAA